CCAAAACGCUCCUAGUGCUUCAUCUCUCUCUAUUCUAAAAUCAUGAGAACCCACCAUUAUUAACGCCAAGAAAGAAAGCCCCAAGACAAAGUACAAGUUUUUCUUUAUUGUUAAAGAAUCAAAGAGAGAUUCUUGCAAUGGGUUGUUUUCUUGCUUGUUUUGGUUCCUCCAAAAACCGAAAGAAUCGAAAACUAAGACACAAGGUUCAAUCUCCAUCUCAAAGAAAUUUAGUUUACAGUGUGCAGUCUACAGUUUCUUUAGAACAGAGCAGCUUGGGAACCCCUAUCAAGGAAGUCCGAGAUGAUAAGGCGGAGGAGCAGCUUGGUUCGGGUUCCGGGAAGAAAGUAACUUUUGAUACUAAUGUUAAGACCUAUGAACAUGUUUUAGUUGACGGAAGUACUGAUUUUGAUUUGCGUAAUGAAGAGGAAGGGGAAAAGAAAUUGAAGGUGAAAGAAGGGGAGGAUUUGGCUAAACCAAGGGAGUCUGAGAAUUCCUCAGAGUCUAGCUCAAGUUCUUACCCUCCUAAUCAUAGGUAUCAGAAUUGUAGAGAAAGUGAUGAUGAAGAAGACGAUGAAUUGGACUACGAAGAAAGUGAUCUAGGCGAUGAUGAGGACGAUAUAGAAGAUUAUGUUGGGUUCAAUGAUGAACCGAAGUCCAUCGAUUUCAUUCGAGGGGGUAGGGACGGCGAUGUUCAUCCGGUGCUGAAGCCGGUUGAAAAUCUAGAUCAAUGGAAAGCGGUAAAAUCCAAAGGGUCAACACCAUUGAAACAGAAAAAGGAGAAUCUCAGCUUGGAACAAGAAGAGCCCCGGCUUUCGACUAGCUUGACCCGUAGUUCCAAGGAUCGGUCAUUCAGUUUCAGCGAAGAAGUAUCAGUUGAUGCAAGCCUUUCCAACUGGUUGUCUUCAAGAGAAAGCACACCGGCGAAAAAGAGUAUCACUUUGGCUGCAUGUACUCCAGAGAGAAGCGUCUCGCCAGGUUCGAUUGCGAUGAAGAUGAGCCCAGAAGAUAGGCCGAUUUUGGGCGCAUUAACUCUGGACGAUAUCAACAAGUUUUCAGCAUCACCCGUACCAAGGAGGUCUCCAAGUAGAAGCCCGGAUGAGAUGCCGAUAAUCGGAACCGUUGGAACCUAUUGGAAUCAUGAGAGCACCACCACCACCACCACCAUUAAGGACUCGGCUGCUUCUUUCAAAGGAAUACCAAACAGUACCAGCAAGUAUAGAGAGGAUAAGAAAGUGAAUUGGCAUUCUACGCCAUUUGAGAAAAGAUUGGAGAGAGCUUUGAAUGGAGGUUUUGAGGCCCAACUCCAAUGAAAAAGAUAUGUAUUGCGAGUGUUAUUUUUUUAGUGUCCAUAUAAUCUUAUACUUGUGUUUAUUUUUUCGUUUUAAUUAUCGAUGUGUGAUCUAUUGAUCG